UUAGCGGGCAAGAGAGUGAGCGAGAGGUGAUGCUGGUGAUUGGAGUUAGCUGGUUAGUUAGCAGUUAGCAUUAUAGCUCUGAACGUACAGUGCAAUAUAUUUACACUUUAGGAGUAAAAUUUUCCUCCAUACUGCACAUUUGAUAUGUUUACUGUCAGUUCAUACGCUACACAUGAGCGUCUACCGUAUAUGCCAUGUGUGGGCAGAUCCAACUUGGCGUCAUGGAUGAGCAGUAUUGUGAUUGAUUGUAAUGUGUUGUGUGAACAACUUACCGUAAUGUCAAUUCUCGUCAAUGGCUCAAUGUAGUAAUUAUAAAUGUCGCUCAUUCCACUAACUCUUUAUGAAUUGCGUCGCUGUGUGUUCAGUGAACUAGUCCAGGACAUGUUACCUUGGUUCAGGCACUGGAGGUGUGCGGUCAGCCUCUACUAAAAUAAGACAACUCCAAAGUUAAUUACAUACGGGACUUUAUUUUAAACAUUAUGUCCAUGAAUACACAUCUCCGUGAGAGAGAGAGAGAGAGAGAGAGUAUGAAAUGCAGCAAAGGGCCGUGGGUCGGACUCGAACCCAUGUCUGCGGCGGUUAGGCCCCCGUGGCCCGCUAACAUAUUAUAUGUUCUGUUUAUUUUUAACACUCAUCAUGUCCCUUGCCUGUGACCACAUCUGUAAUUUUACCUUCAGUUGUGUCUGUCAUCGUCAUGUUCGAUCAUGUUUACUGUACCUCUGUGAUGUGUAACAACCCACCAGGACUGUGAGGCCCCUGUUUUUGUUUUGUGCCGUUAUUUACCUCAUGUCACUUGUGUAAUUUUUUUUUUUUUUUCUCUCUUUUUGUUGGUCUGGAACAAUCCACUGUCCAAUUGUUCAGAGAGCUCUCUAAUCCAGCCUUAGAUCUGAGUCGUGCAGCACAGCCUAAUAGGAUCUUAGUAUUAACCCUGAUGACAAUACUGCCAGCUGUCGCAGAGCCCCCUGCUGGACACUGGGGGGAACGUAUUGGGGGGGGGGGGGGGGGGGGCAGAGAGACAGGGAGGGAGGUGACUGACAGAAUGACAGAGAUAGAGAGUGUGUCGGUGUGAUGCUCACAGUCUCGUGGAAUAACCAAGGAAGCAGGUCAGAGGAGGAAAACAGAAACUCCUGAAGUGCUUUAUUUUUGGACGACUACCUCUUUAAUUUUACUUUUCACCCCCCUCCGUUAACUAAAUCCCAACUUUUUUUUUUUCUUCCUCCUUUCUUUAAUCUUUUUCUUUCUGGGCCGUUUCUUCUCUCACAAUCCCACCUGCUCCUGCAUCAGUCUGCAGCCAUCUAUCCUGUUUCACCUGCUGCGUCCACGGUCUGCUAUCUCUUCCAGUGCGGCGGCGGCUGUUGGCUCUGUGCUGCUUCUAUAUGGCUGAAUAGGUGGUAGAAGGGGAGCUUUUCUCUGAGAGGGGGGGUUGCAAAGUUGCAGUCAGGACCAGGACAAGCAGGAGGAGGAGGAGGAGGUAGUGGAGGAGGAUGGCGGUGGCUCUGGAUGAAGUUUGGGGGCGGGUGAAGAAUGUCUGCAAGCAGAACGGACUGCUCAUCCUGUCUGUGCUGGCCGUGGUCAUUGGCUGCCUGCUGGGCUUCUUUCUCAGAGGCAAGCAGCUCUCCGAGCAGGAGGUGAAGUACUUCCAGUUUCCGGGAGAGCUGCUAAUGAGGAUGUUGAAAAUGUUAAUUUUGCCCCUUGUCGUAUCCAGUUUGAUGUCAGGUCUAGCUGCCCUGGACGCCAAGUGCUCCAGCCGGCUGGGCAUCAUGACCAUCUCCUACUACCUCUGGACCACCUUUGUUGCCGUGGUAGUGGGCAUCAUCAUGGUGUACAUCAUCCACCCAGGUGGAGCCGCGCAGAAGGAGGAUUCUGAGGAAAGCAAGAAGCCCAUGACCAGCUCUGCUGACGCUCUGCUGGAUCUCAUUCGCAACAUGUUUCCAGCCAACCUGGUUCAAGCUACAUUUCAACAGUAUCGAACCCAGAGAGUCCCAGAACUCAUCCCCAAACCAACGGUGGCUCAGCUGCUGGACGAGACCACCACGCGCAGGGUCUACAUCUACGGCAUCCAGGACGACAACGGCACAGACGUCCAGAACUUCUCCCUGGAUCUCACACCGCCGCCUGACGUCAUCAUGAAAACAUCACCUGGUACCAGCGAUGGCAUGAAUGUGCUGGGGAUUGUUAUUUUCUCUGCAACCAUGGGAAUAAUGUUGGGAAGAAUGGGACCCAAUGGAAGUGCUUUGGUGAACUUCUGCCAGAGUGUGAAUGAGGCCGUUCUGAAGAUUGUUGCCAUCGUCAUCUGGUAUUUCCCCUUCGGUAUCGUGUUCCUGGUUGCGGGAAAGAUCUUGGAGAUGGACGACCCUUCUGCCAUGGGGAAGAAGCUGGGCUUUUACGCCAUCACGGUGGUAAUGGGUUUGGUGUUGCACGGCCUCUUCAUCCUCCCGGCCAUGUAUUUCUUCAUCACGAAGAAGAGCCCCAUCGUUUACAUCAGAGGCAUUCUGCAGGCCCUGCUCAUCUCGUUGGCCACGUCGUCCAGCUCUGCCACUCUGCCUAUCACCUUCAAGUGCCUCCUCGAGAACAACCACAUCGACAGACGCAUCAUCCGCUUCGUGCUGCCUGUCGGGGCCACAAUCAACAUGGACGGCACCGCGCUCUACGAGGCCGUGGCAGCCAUCUUCAUCGCCCAAGUGAAUAAUUAUGAGCUUGACUUUGGGCAGAUUAUAACAAUCAGCAUCACUGCCACUGCAGCCAGUAUCGGUGCAGCAGGAAUCCCGCAGGCCGGACUUGUAACCAUGGUGAUCGUGCUGACCUCAGUGGGUCUGCCCACCGAUGACAUCACUCUCAUCAUUGCUGUUGAUUGGGCUCUGGAUCGAUUCAGGACCAUGGUGAAUGUGAUGGGUGACGCCCUGGCCACAGGCAUCAUGGCUCAUAUCUGCAGGAAAGAUUUUGUCAAAGAGGGGGAGCAGGUGCCUCUGAUCUGCGAGACUAAACCCAUGAUAAGCAUCCAGCAGAUGAUAAACUACCAGAACCAGAAGAACGGCUGCUACCAGCCGCCUCCCCCGGGCAGCAAACAGGACCACCUCUCCCCGGACGUGGCUCGCCUGAUCCAGCUGGAGGAGGGGGUUCGGCCGAUAGAGAAGAAGAAGCACGCACACUCCUCUCAUCACAAGAGAGAGCACAGGGACAAGGACCACUGUUCCAUUGAUAUGAACGGGCUGGAGACUAAUGUAUAAAAGUAGCUGCCGUCUUAGCAGCUAAUGGCACAUCCACAGCUUCAGGGCCAGCAGGAGAGGAAGACAGAUUAAAGAGCUGAGGUGACUAUGGUCAAAUGCUUUUCUCCUCCGAGAAGGAAAGUGGCCGAGAGUGGAUGAAUACAGGGAAACAAAAGACAGUUGGUUUUUUUUGCUACAUAACCUAAAUGAUGACCCACAAUUGAUUGUGUAUGUUUGUGAGUGUACAUAUUUAUCAGAUGUAUUAUUUGGUAUCGGCAGUGACGGCGUGCGGCUCUGGCUGAUGAACAUUUCAAACCAGAGAACUGAUCCUGUUCAAGGUUUCACUAACAUCCUCCCAGAUCUGUGAGUCAGCCCGUCUCAAAGGAGCCGAAACGGAGAAUACAAUAGCUAAUAUCAGAUGUAAUUAAAGGACCCUAUCCCUCUGUGGACUGCGAAGAAAAGAAAAGAAAAAAAAACAAAAACAUUCACACAUAUCUCUUUUUAUUCACUACAAUCUGGUUUGUUAUGUUUAUAGAAUUUUAUUGUUUGGGCUUUUUUGUAUAUUUCUUUUUUUUUUUUUUUGUCAUUGUGUACUCUAUAAUCAAUCUUAGGCAAGAUGUUGCCUGUUGGGAGUAUUUUUCCAAUAGACUCAAUAAAGCGCACAACAAGGAGACAAAACAAGAUAAUUGAACUAUAACCAGAAACCUUUAGUUGAACACACAUAUGCAACAGUUUGGUUCACAUCAAAGAAACAAACGAUUUUUUUAGGGGAAAACAAAAAGGAAUUCUUUACAUUUUCUCAGCAACACCUUUCCUUACACUUGUCUUCACUGCCUUGUUGUCCUGAGUGUAAGUGGGUACUCUGCCUCAUACCUGCAGUACUGUAUAAGUCAUUGCCAGAAUCAAGGCAAAAAUGAAGACGGAAGAUCACAAUGAAAAAUGAAGACGAGUGUUUGCCCUUGUGUUGAAGUCAUGUCAAGUCGUCUUUGCACCCAUCGUAUUCCCUCUUUGCCUUAAACGACCAAAGGAGAAGCACACGGGACCAGAACGUUACUGCUGACCGCUGAAACACGAGACAAAAAACAAUACAAGACGACAAUAACACGUCACGCACUGAACUCUGUCCAAAUGUAUGUGAUAUUAUGCUUUACAUGUAUUUCAAAACUUAAAAAAAAAUAAUAAUUUAGAUUUCAUUACCAUGUCAAAAGCUGCCAUUCUGUAUUUGUAAAAAGAAACGUUUCACUGUAGUCUAAAAUUUAUAAAAAUGUACCAACUCUGUAAAAAAAGAAAACACUGAGAAAUGAAAAAUAUAUCAAAAAUAUACAAACAGCACACCGAGUUAUUUUUUGUAUACGGUUAGGAAGAACUGCAGAUGUAAUAAAAGUACAUGAUAUUUAAAAGGACUGAAAACUGCAGAAGCGCGAGUAUUCAAUGCUUCAAUUAGAAACCUGACGAGCUGCAUGUUCUCUCUUAAAAGCAUUAAGAAAAGGAAGCCGUUUACUUAUUCACCUGAAUAAAGCUCCUUUUCAAACAUAAAUAAAUCCCAAUGUGAACUAAAGUCGACUGAAGUAUCAAAUGUGUAAAGAGAGGAGAUUUACAAGAUUACCGCUGCGGGCUGGUUACUGGUGAAAUGCACUUGGGAGCAGCAUGGAGGGAUGAUUCAAAAUUGGCUCAGGUAAAAUUUCCAUAUUGAUCUUCCCUGUGGCGCUUACGUCCACUCUAAAGAUGGUUGUCAGUUAAUGACUUCAAGGAAAAACCACACAAAAACUACAGUAUAUUUAUGACAGUUUGGCUUCAUGUUGCACCAUUUUCCUCAUUUGUGAAGGUGUUUUAAUGAGGAGAAUUAAAAGUCUUUAUGUCACAGCUGAUCAGAAAACUUAAUGUAUUGCUAUCCAGCAUAUUGAAGAUACUUUUAGGUAUAGUUGUUUUGCGGUUAUUUUAUACCUUGCAUUAGGUUUUAUUAAAUGCUUAGUCGUCUUAAAACGUGUAAUAAAAACAUUCAAUAUGGGAAAAACCUAAACCAGAAAUCUACUCUGCACAGCCUACACACCAAUACCCACAGCAGUGCAGCAGCAUACACACUGUACAUAUGAAGGUCACAGGUCUACAGUCCAGGCUCAGUGUGCUAUAAGAUAUCAUUUCAUUGGUCCCUCUGCUGAUUUAAAAACAACCAGCAACAAAAGGCACAGCCUUUGAACAAGACUGGGUUACAAAUGUCAGAGAAACAGCAUCACCACGGCAACCUUGAAGAACAAAUAACAGGAAUUGGGCGCAAUUGCCGACCCACUGACCAAACACACUCAUUCUGUUCAGCAUGCUGUUAAAAGAAAAGUCCAGCUCUUAUACUGGCUGUACAUGAGCCCACUCCACGCCAGAGGGUCAGACACUUCCAAAUGUCAUAUUUACACAUGCUGGGUAUAUUUUCUCAGCGGUAUAGGCAGGUGGUGAACUUUGAUGAUCGCUUAUGUGCAGACAUCUGAGCCGCUGAACAAAUGUCAAAGACCAGGCCUCUGCAGAUAUGAUGUGUCUCUUUCAAUAGAGCGUGUUAAUAAUUAAGUAGUUAAUAAUUACUUUUAUUUUACUUUUUAGGAAAACUUUGAGCCGAGGUUACUCAUGCAGGCUGAGCUUCUAAAGUUGACUUGAGGCGAACCAAGCCUGAAAAUCCUCAGCUAACACCCCCCCACAUCUCCUAAAGACCCAUUAGCCCACUGCUAAUGGUCAGUGAGACAGGCAGGCAGCCAUGUAGCCUGUGCAGCCACUCCGUACUGCCAUUUGGCCAGCUGGCCACCUGGCAGAGGGACAGGAUGGGGGAUGGGCUAAAGGGAGCCGAGGCGGCCUGAUAGGAGCAAUUAGGAGCACAGGCUGGAUGUGGCGGAAGGUGCACAGCGGUGAACGGCCAACAGGGAGAUGUCAGGAUCAAAUCGGAAAUACAGUGCAUUCAGAAAGUAUUCAGGCUCCUUCUCUUUUUUUUCACAUUUUAUUAUGUUGAGGCCUCGUGCUAAUUAGGGUUAAAUGUUUAGAUUUUUUCCUUCAUCAAUACCUGGUGAUGACAAAGCCAUAACACAAUCCUGUCUGAGCUCUACAGUCAGUUCCUUUGAGCUGACAGCUUAGUUUCUGCUCCGACAUGCAUCGUCAGCUGUCAGACCAUAUAGACAAGUGUGUGUCUGAACUGAAUUUCAAGUGUCAUAGCAAAGUUUCUGAAUACUUAUGUCAAUGUGAUAUUUCAGCUUUUCCUUUUUAAUACAUUUGCAGCAUUGAAAUUGGCUCUGACCUCGUCACUCCUAUAAGCGCGGCACAGCAGGGAGUGUGGAGUGAUAAUAACUUACCCAUUGUGUAAGUUUUGUUUUGCACCAAGCACAGUCUUGUACUGACAGCGUUAAUUGUGCUGGGCAACUCAUACAAUUAGCUGUAAUCUUUUCGUGAUGCAUUGUUACAUCACGGAGCUAAAUCAGGUCAAUACAAGUGAAUUUAUUUGUGCCUGAACUGAAGAACUAACGUAAAAUAAAUAAAUACACGUACAAGUUCUUAUUUUUAUAAGGCUGCUUCCACUCUAUCGAUUUAUCAUGAUAUCUAUAAAAAUGUGAAAAACAUUUUCUCAAUAUUUUACUAAAAGAAAAUACUGUUUUAAAAAUGUAUUUAAGAUCUCAUGC